CUGAUUUAGGGUUCUUGGGAUGAAGCAAUGGCUAUGGCGAUCGCCCGGUGUUCCUGGGCGCCCUGGCCCCCGCAUUUCCACUGUCGGCGGCUCCAGGUCGGGAAUCGGGCGGCGGCGCUGCGUUUACAGGCUCUAGGCACGAACAAGGCGGCCGUGGUGAAGCUAAAGAAGAAGAAGAAGAAGAAGAAAGUCGAGAAGGCUUCUUCGCAAGAGCCAGAGCAUGACGAUAGCGAGGAAGGAGAUUUCACUGACAUUGUGGAUAUGGCGGAAUGGAUGAAGAACAAGCCCCCGGGAUUUGGGAUUGGAAAGGAGUAUGACACUGCUCUCGAGGAGGAAAUCUUGGAGGAGAUGGACAAGGGGAGCGCUGGUGCGGGGGAGAAGAAGAAGAAGAGCUCCGAGAAGCCGGGAGAUCAAACUAGUGCGAAUCCAAUGGGAAGAAUUUCGCUCAAGGAUGGUAAAGUUGUGGAGGGGAGUGGCAACAAAUCGACCAGGACGAGAAAGCCAGAGCCACAAGUUGAAGGAAUCAAGGUGAAAGUCACUCACUUACCAAGGAAGAAGAACAUCUCAAAGGACUUGCGACUGGCUUACAAGGGAGUGCCCGGCCUUUUGCAAAUCAGACCAAACGAACUCGCGAACAACAAGACACGGGAGCCUGUUUGCAAAGGAUCCGCCAUUCUCACUUUUGCCAAGGAAAGCAACGCGUUAAGAUUCAUGGAGAAGUUUAAAAUCCGCAAGCUUUUGUUUGGAAAGCUGGAAAAGCUCCCGACUUACGAGCUGCACAUUCCAAAGAACGAGAAGAAAAAGACGGCCAGUGACACUACUGUAGAGAUCGGAGACGACGAAGCAGAAACAGGGAUGGUAUCAAUCGCAGCGCCAGUUGAGGAUGAGAGCUCACUUUUGUCGAUGCAUGAUGCGUCAGAGGAUCGUAGCAGUAACGACGAGGUACAGGAAUCUGUAGCGGAUGCAAUCAUCGAAGACGAACAGGACGAACAGGACGAAGAUUGUGAUGACGAAGAUGGUGACGAGGAAGAAGAAAACUUCGAAACGUCUUCUCUGGCUGUUGGAAGCAAACUUGAAGAAUUUGAGGACAGUGAGGAGGAAGACGAUGACUUUGGCGACGAGGAAGAACUUGAAAGCUCCGGAGAAUGGGUCGAAGAAGAAGAAGAUGAAGAAGAUGGCGAGGGAGAUCAUCACGAUCAAGCUCUCGAGGCUAGCAGUGACAACACACACUUUGUGGAAGUUGACGUUUCGGUGCCAUUGACCGCAGAAGAUCUCGGCGGUGAUCCAGACGAGGUGAUCUUGAGCAGCAACGCGAGAAUUCUGGAGCUGGAUACGGAGAUAAGCAAGCUCCGGAAGAUCGUCAAGAAGAACCGAAAGAAAUCGUCGGUGGCAGAGCUGGAGCAGCAGAUCCUCAAGCUGCGAGAGGAAAAAAUCGAGCUUUUGGAGAAGCGAGUUCUUGCUCGAAUCGUCGCCGCCAGGGAAGCUUUCAAAGCUCGACGCGAGAAGAAGAAACUGGCCGCCGCCGAGGAAGAGUCUUCCAAAAGAUCUGGAAGUCGCUUGAGAAUGGACGACGAGAAGUUCCGCGAAGUCGUCGCCAAGCACUUCUCGAGAUAGAAAGUAAAAAAACGACGUUGACCCUCACACUGUUAAAACCAGCAAAGAGAGGGAAUAUACGCCGGCAAUUUCUUCUU